UUCGACUUCCGGGUUCAACUUCCACACACGUGUCAAUCAUCGGAGGUGGCGCUUCGCGCGCUGCUUGAUAUCUCAACAUAAAACAUCAGCUGAUAAUUUGAUCAUAAAAGCGCGACAGUACUACUAGUGUGAGCACAAUGGCGGCUAACGAGGAAUCCGUUAUAGACGUUGUUGUUGUCGGGUCAUGCAAUACAGACUUAAUCAGUUAUGUCAACCGUUUACCCAGGCCAGGAGAGACCAUACAUGGGUCCAAAUUCUCAGUCGGGUUCGGAGGUAAAGGGGCAAAUCAGUGUGUCAUGGCAGCAAAAAUGGGAGCCAAGACUGUUAUGAUUGCAAAGGUUGGAGAUGAUACAUUUGGACACGAGACCAUCAAGAAUUUCAAGAACUGCAAUGUUAUAACAGAUUUCAUCAGCAUCACUCAGGAAGCUGCAACAGGGGCUGCACCAAUAGCUGUUGAUGAAGAAGGUCAGAAUUCUAUUAUCAUCGUCAGUGGAGCUAACCUAUUACUGACUGCCUCUGAUGCUGAAAAGGCCAUUGGUGGCAUCAAAACAGCCAAAGUUCUCUUAUGUCAGCUUGAGGUUAACCCAGAGACUUCUCUAGCAGCCAUGAAAAUAGCUCGGGAUAGAGGAAUUACAACGGUACUCAACCCUGCGCCAGCCAUUGCUGACUUGCACCCGGACUUCUUCAAGUUCUGUGACAUCAUUUGCCCAAAUGAAACAGAGGCAGAACUGCUGACUGGUCUCCAAGUAACAAAUGUUGAAGAAGCCAAGAUUGCUGCAAAGAAACUCCUUGAGAAGGGCUGUAAAAAGGUCAUUAUAACCCUGGGAGGUCAAGGGUCACUCUUAGCCACAUCAGAUAGUGAGCCAGUACAUGUGCCAGCAAGAGCUGUGAAGGCAGUUGAUACCACAGGUGCUGGAGAUUGUUACGUGGGUGCCCUGGCAUACUACCUGGCUGUGAAACCAGACUUGAGCCUAAAAGAGAUGAGUCAAAAAGCUUCUUAUGUUGCAUCUAUUAGUGUGCAGUCACCAGGCACACAGACCAGCUAUCCGACCAGGCAAGAUCUUCCAACAGAACUCUUUUAAACCAUGUUCACGUUGCUGUUUGCCAGUCCUUGCACCAGCUUGGUCAGAGAGAAUGAAUCAUGCCCCAUAAAUUGUGAUCGAUGACAUAUACAUGUUAUCUGUACAUUACCAGGAAAGGUAUUCUUUGAAACAUUAGCUGCAAUGAGACAUUGAAGCACAGUUUGAUUCGGUGAUUAUAUGCUUCUAACUGAACUUGGUACUUCUCACGUAGCCCCUUCUAAUCCACUUUUUGGAUUACCCUUGAUGUCACUUCAAGUACACUUUAAAGGCUCAAUGACGUAAAUUUUACUGAAAUCUAUUUUGUGCAAAUACAUGUAGUCAUUCCUGUGAACUGUAUGAAAAUAAUUUUGAUUUAACUAUUUUAAAGAUUUUUUUUGUUUUCAGAACUGAUCAAUGUCCAUAUGCUGUUCCGUGACAACUCACACACUGUUGCUUUUAACAUGCACACAUUCCACAGUAAAGCAAUUUUCUGUGUAAAUUAUGAAUCCACAAUAUAGCUCAUUAGAAUGUUGCUGCAUAAAGUUUUCUCAUUGAUUAAACACACCUGUAGUUAAUCGACAAAGAAACACUGGAAGAGAAUUGACCACUAGCAUUAACCCCCAACUGCAUUCUGGCAACUUUUGGCAUAGCUGUAACACUGGAGCUUCUGCUUAAAAUAAGUUUACCAAUUUGCCCAUAAAUAUGUGAAACUUCCCAUCAGCAUGAAACCAAGCAGCCUUGAAACACUCUUAAAACGUGGCAGAAGAGACCAAAAAAACAGAAUCAUUAGAAAACAACUUGGAGAAUUAAGAUUGGCAUCGAGAAAAUUGGCUCCUGAUGAGCCACGUGAAUUUCGAUUCAGAUCCUUGAUUAAGAUUUUUCUUUUACAGUUAGAAAUGUAUUCUAUUUGAUUUGAGUAUUUAAAAAAAAAAUUGUUGCUUACUUUAUAUGAAAAUAAAUAUUUAAUGUGCUAAUUGAUGUGAGUGAUGUAAAGUUGAAUUGAAUGGACUUUAAUGGCAGUUUGUCAAAUUGCACUUUAAAUUAUGUGUAAAUGUAUUGUAAAAAAGAUAUAUAUAAUGCAGUGACAAUGCUGAAAUCAAGUUUUGCAAGCGAAUUUUCUUAAAACUACAAGUCCCCAUUAAAAAUGAUUGGGUGCCAAUAUAAAAA